UUUCCCGCGACGUGUAUACGAGGUAGGUAGGCGUACGCGGUUCAAGUAGUUUCCUGCGCAAGUUAUAUAAAAGGGCUAAGAUGUAAAAUAAGAAUGCAUUCUGAUUCCACGAGUCCAAAGUCCAAAUUGUUUGAAAUUUAGUUAGCGCAUUCAGGAUGGCCAACAGACAGACUCAACUCAUGACCGAGGCGCGGGCUCGAGGCACAAUUAAUACAACCAAACUCGCAGGUAUCAUUCACGGAGGAGAUGAAAUUGUUCGCCUUCGACGAGAAGCAUGGAGUAGAGUCGAAGCUGCGACAGGCGCGAGCGAAACUUCUAAAUUGCCUGUGCAAUAUGCGCUCGCGAGCCGUGAGGAUCUCUACCGUGAGGGUCUCCAAGAAGGAAAAGCAGCACAAGAUGAUAUGAAAAGAUAUCAUCAUACCUUUUUCGACGUUUUCACACCCCGUUACCGUCUUUCUAAUUACAGUCCCUUUGGAUUGACCACGUGGUUGAUCAAGCCGACUCUCGAGCACAUGGCGACGCAAGAGCAGAAGAAACGCUUCCAGAAUCCUGACUGGAAUUGGGCGUAUGCUCAGACAGAACUUGGCCAUGGGACGUUUGUUCGUGGGUUAGAGACGACAGCCUCGUUUGAUCAAGCCCGGGAUGCGUUUGUGAUUCAUUCGCCGACAACGACGUCCAGCAAGUACUGGCCCGGGUCUCUGGCUUUCAGUGCUUCGCAUGCUGUUGUUAUGGCUCGGCUUUUGAUUGGAGAACGAGAUCACGGGAUUCACGCCUUUGUUGUGCAGCUUCGAGACGCAGAUGGCUCAUUGAUGCAGGGUAUCGAACUCGGCGACAUAGGACUCAAAUCCUCUUACAACCAGAACGAUAAUGGCUAUGCCAGAUUCGAUCACGUCUCGAUUCCGCGGGACAAUAUGUUGAUGGCACGAUCCCAAGUGUCGAAGAACGGAAUAUACUCUACCCUUGCUGCGCAUCCAAAAGCGGCAUACUCUACCAUGCUUGUGGGUCGAGUCGGUGUCGCUCAAUCAGCCGCUUUCCAACUGGCGCAGGCCACCACAAUUGCAAUUCGAUACUCUGUUGUGCGGGAACAAGGAACCCCUGCUUUCGGUAUACAAUCCAACGAGGUGCCCGUGAUGCACUACAAGUCGCAGCAGUAUCGGCUCCUGACUUCGUUGGCAAACGCCUAUGCCAUUCACUUUGCCACUCGCCAUGCAGAAGAAAUGGUCAAAGACUUUGAGCGACGUCAAGCUGGGGGUGACUACAGCACCAUGGCAAACGUUCAUGUGGUCACGGCUGGAAUCAAGGCUUGGGCCACGUCGGUCGGGUUUGACGGGGCUGCAGAUGCAAGAAAAGCCUGUGGUGGGCAUGGGUAUUUGUCCAUGUCUGGACUACCAGAAGUGGUAGACGCCAUGGACGCCCUCUGCACACUUGAAGGCGACAAUAUCGUCAUGUUCCAACAGGUCGCUCGUCAUCUAAUGAAAAUCAUGGAGGGGAACAAGGUCGAUCCUAAUGACUCAAUGCGGCACACGUGUGAGCCAAUCUACUCAGCGUCCCAGAAUUUGCUCGACUCGACAACACAAAAGAACUUGUUCAAGCACCGUGCGACAAACCUCGCUCGAAGGGCCUUUAACUCCCUUCAAAAGUCUCAAGCAGUCGGCAAAUCGAAAUCAGAUGCCUGGAACGAGCACGCGAUGCUACUCAUAUCUGCCGCAAAAGCGCAUUUCUCAUCUAUUGUGCUGGACCAGUUCGCCUCUCAAAUCGAUAUUUUAGAUGCCGGCCGCGAGCGCGAAGUCCUUCGCCACCUGCAAUCUCUGUUUGCUCUUGCACAAAUCACAUCGCCCUUGUCACCAGACACUGCGAGUUUCUUCGGCCCUGGUUUACUUCACGAGUCCGAGAUGGAAGUUGUUCACCAGCAGACGAAUGUUCUGUUGGAUACUCUUGUUCCUGAAGCGGUUGCUUUGACGGAUGCGUGGGAUUUCUCGGAUGCUAGUCUUGCAUCUGCUAUUGGAAUGAAAGAUGGAAAUGCCUAUGAGAGGUUGAUGAGCUGGACGAAGCAGUUACCCAUGAAUGUCGAGGCGGCAGAGAGAGGUGGGAUGCUUAAAGAUGUGUGGGAGAGAUACAUUCAGCCUAAGGCUAAGUUGUAAGAAAGCUGUGAAAUCCGGACAGAAUAUCGUUCCAACAAGCAUAAAUGGUAUUACAUAGAUCUGGCUCUGCUUAGUACUCUCUGUUAAUGAUAAGAAGCUAUUAAUUUAGUAGUCUGCGAUUUUUAAUUAUCACUCGAUGAGAAUAGGCCGAUGGACGGGAAGUUUAAACAUUGGUUUUAUGGCGUGAAUUUCAGGUAUAAAUCAAGCAAAUAGAGACUCCAGCUCUUGACUAUGAUGCUAUUUGUGAUUUCUCCUGCACUGUAAAAAUUCCAACUCAAACUAUUGUUGAACUCAAUCUUUUUUUCACAACAAGCGCCAUAUAAAUACUUUGUUUGGCUAAAUCUGACUCCUUUUAACCAGCGGUGGUAAACGAGAAGCCACUAUUGUAUUUGUUACUUACGAUCGAGUGAUCUUUAUAUCUCUUUUUCAUCCUUUAACUGCAUCACCAACGAAGUUCCGACACUUUGAAAUUCAUCCCGGAACUGCAAAACGUCCAACCAUCUCGUCGGGAUGGCCUCGAUACCAUCCCGAGCUCCAAGCAAACCUCCUGCGAUAGCCCCGUUCGUGUCUGUGUCACCCCCCAAGCCGAUCACAUCAACCAGAACGUCUUCAAACGAGCGAGAAUCCAUAAGUGCUCCAAUCGCGACACUCAGACUCUGUAGCACGAAUCCCGAUGACCACUUAGGCCGACAAUUCAACUGAUUCGCAACCGCAAUCCCGAGAUCCACAGCAUCAUCAACGCAUUUCCCUUCCACAAGCGCUGCAACAAUCUCGUUGUACGCAGCGCACGAAACAGUACAUCUCAUAUCGUCAUGCGUGAACGCGCUGAUCUGUCUCGACUCCUUGAUCCUCUCCUCCCGCGUCGCAGAGAAUAGCGCAGUCGGUAUACACCGCAUCAGACUCCCAUUCCCAGCCCGAUCAUACCCAGCGCCACAAUUCCUUGGAUUACGCGACUGACUGUACCGACGCAACCCCGUCUCAGUAGCCCCUCCGACAUCCACCGGAGACUGACCCUCCUCGCGGUCCGGCCAUCUCCCUUCGUACCAAUCAAGCGAAUAAUCCGCCGCGACCUUGAGAAUGUCGAAAUCGGAGGCAGGUUUCCCGUUUUGCAGAGCUGUCGCGCGGUCCUGGUACGCGAGGAGCACGGCGCGGGUUAGGUCUGUGUCGUCGGUUGCAUGACCUGGGGGCCAUCCAAAGGCACCACCUCCGGUGAUUUCGCGGACCCCGUUUGGGUAGUUCUCUUUUAUGAAGGUGUGGGAUGCGAAUUCUACGACUGCGCCUAGGGAGUCGCCGGUGUGGACUCCGAGGAGGGCUCCCAGAGUUUUGGAUAGGCGAGCGUUGUUGAGUGAUUCGGAAUGAUGUUGCGCCAUAUUUGGGUUUAAUUUUCCCGGGAUGCGUUGUUGUAUAAUGCUUGAUGAUGAUGUUGGGUUUGGUGGAUCUGGGGUCGUGGGUGGUGGAAGUUCUCCACAGCAGAUUCCAAGCCAGGGAUCUGUACAGUGUAGAUGAUUUUGGGCGUGAGUUUUCC